AUGGCGUCGGCGGUGGGCUCGGGCCCGGGCCCCCGUUGGGGCGGUUGGGUGCGGCUGCCCCCGGUGCCCGGGGCGCCCCCGGCCCGCACCAACGAGCUGCUCCUGCUGCCCGCCCCGGAGCCCCGGGCCCGGCCCCGGCCCCGGCACCACCUCCUCUACUUCCCCGGGGACGUGCAGAACUACGGCGAGGUGAUGGCGCGCCACCCCGAGAACGUGCAGUGGGACCGCUGGAGCCUGGAGAGCGUGGCGGCCCUCUUGUCGGCCCGCUUCCCCGGCAGCCACGUGUGGGUGGUCAAGUGCUCCCGCAUGCACCUCCACAAGUUCAGCUGCUACGACAACUUCGUCCGCAGCAACACCUUCGGGGCCCCGGACCACAGCCCCGACUUCGGGGCCCUGCGGCACCUCCGCGCCCUGCUGACCAACGCCUUCGCCCUGGCCCGGGACGCCCUGCGGGCCGGGGACGCCGGGGAGGAGGAGGAGGAGGAGGAGGAGGAGCGUCCGGAGUCGGCCUCCUUCACCCUGAUCGGAUUCAGUAAAGGCUGCGUGGUCCUGAACCAGUUCCUGUUCGAGCUGAAGGGCGCCCGGGCCGACCGCGACCUGGCCGCCUUCCUCCGGACCGUCCGGGCCAUGUACUGGCUGGACGGCGGCCACUCGGGGGGCAGCGACACGUGGGUGACGUGCCCCGAGGCGCUGUGGGAGCUGUCUCGGACGGGCAUCUCGGUGCACGCCCACGUGACGCCCUACCAGGUGCGGGACCCCAUGAGGUCUUGGAUCGGCCGGGAGCACGGCCUGUUCGUGCAGAUCCUGGCCGACCUGGGCGUCGGCGUCAAGGGCCAGGUCCACUUCGCCAAAGAAGCCCCGUCCAUCGAUAACCACUUCAGGGUCCACGAGGUCUUCUGAGGGACCCCGGGUCGCCGUAUUCCGGGAAACGUCCCGAGGCCGAGGGACGCUCGGGGAGAGAGAACCGCACGGCCUGACGGUCCCGGUAGCCAACGGAGUCCCGGAAUACGAGCCCCACCGCCCCCCGGCCGGGGUCAGAGCCCCAACCGGGACCGGCCUAGGGUCGUUGACCUUCCUGUUAACGGGAUCUGGGGGCGGGACGUCCUUCCUGACAGCCCCAUCCUUACCGCCGUAAUCGAGUCAGAUACCACGCGGGCCCACCCAGCGCUCGUCGCCAGCUUCGGAAACACGAACCUCGGGAGCAGGGAUGGAGCAGCGUCGCCGCACCGCCCCGGUUCUGCGCCCAAGGGGGAACGCUCCGGGUCUCUGGGCGUCUCGCCGAUGCACGAGACCCACAGCGGGACUCUCCGGUACCUUGGAGGGAUCGUACCGCCCCGUGCCUCCUGUUCGCUGCCCACCCUGAUCUUCCGCGCUUGCGGGGCCGGUCUCUCAAAACAACGAAGCUAAAAAGCGUAGACGUCGCCAAGUCACCAAGGGGUGCUUUCUGUCUACCCCUGGCUAUUUUUAACAUUCCUUUUUAGAAUCGGA